UGUAGUAGGUUGCGUGACUGGGCUGAGGUACAAGAGCAGCUGCUCGCCCAGCUGUUCGCGUUUGUUUAGUAAGUCUUUCUUUGGGGAUGUCUGGAACACGAGCAAAGAAACAGGGAAUCGGGGCCGAGGCCGAGAAGAAGAUAGCUGCUAAAUAUCCCAAAGAAUGGGAGGCGGACGCUAUGGCUUGGGUUGCGAAUAUGUCGGGACAGUCCGUGGAAUGGGGGACUGGUGAUGAGGCUAGAUUGGGUGAUAACUUCGCCAAACCACUAACAGAUGGAGUCAUUCUCUGCCAUGUCGUAAACAACCUGUUCCCUAAUUCAGUUAAAAAAGUACACGAUCAGAACCCCAACGCCUUCAAGAUGCAGGAAAACAUAUCUAACUUCCUGAAAGCUUGCGAGGCCAACGGUGUGGAUAGAGUGCACAUUUUCCAGACAGUAGACUUGUAUGAAAAGCAAAAUGUUGGCCAGGUCAUCUCAUGCUUGCAAGCAUUAUCUCGUGUGGCAAAUAAAAAAGAUCCCAGUAAACCACUUUUUGGRCCSAAACAGGCCGAUGAAUGCAAGAGAGAGUUCACCGAGGAACAACUCAAGGAGGCCGCAAAGAAAGCUCACUAGGAAUGUCAUAUGAUUACCCAGUGGUGCAUUGCUGGCUUAUCUUUUUUUUUGGCGCUAUAAGGUCUAUCAAGACGCGGACUUUGCAUCAAUCUAUUUGCGUGAAUCAUGUUGGAUUUAAUAGUAAUAAUAAAAAUUAAAAUAAUAAUUUGAAUAUUUGAUCAAAAAUUGAUUUAUUUUGUAAUUCUACUUAAUCAAUAUUCUCCAUGGAUUAUUUGAAUAUAUAGUGCAUUCAUUAUUUCCGUUAAAUACUUAAGAAAUUGCACAAAUUUUGCACUAAUUAAACAAAAGAAGGUUAUUCUAUUUUGCAAAAUUCAAAUAAUCUAAAUACAACAACCAGUGUAUAGAAUGGCUUUGCUGCAAAGUCCGUCCUUGAUUGGCUAAACUAAAAUUCUAGCCUUAAAACGUUUUUCGUACAAUACUUUAUCUUAUAUUAGAACCCUGGGUAAGUUUUAAAACACAGAAUAAAGAUGUUGAAAAUAACUUGA